AUGCCCCGGUUUCUUCAACCUAAGAAGUCGACGCAACAUCGUGUAGCAGCGAUUGCUCUAUACAGAGCACUGCUUUCAGGAUGCUCUUCCGCGGGCCUCCCAGAUGACGACCGCACGUUGCUGCGCAAUGCUAUUCAGAAUAAAUUCCGCCAGAACAGGAAGAUACAAAGUCCCUACCAGCUAGGACUAAGCUUCAAACUCGGUUAUGAGACCGUAGACAAGCUCGAUGCCUCAACCGCAGGUGACACUGCUGGCACACGCACUCUCUCACAGCUCAUCGCUGCCCUACCACACGGUCUGACCAACGCUCCUCCAACUCGUCGUCCUGCACCACCACCUCCUCCUGCACCCCACCCAUCCGGCAAACACCCCCUCGCAGUCCUCCCACCAGAGCGCGCCGUCCUCAACGUCCGCCCAUAUGCGCAAGUAUCCGGGGCGCGAAAAGUCCCCGUCAUGGCCUCCGCAAACGGGAUCCCCUUCCUGCGCCUCACAAAACCGCAACCCGCCUCCCUCUCGCGCGUUAUACGGCAGAAACUCACGCGCCGCAUUGGGCGCUUCCACCAAAGGAUCGAGUUGGGGAAAUACUGGCUGCCAUUGGCCAAGCAGGAGGACGAGUGGGACAUGCUGAUGGUGGCGCAGCUUGGGAGGCGGGAGGAUAGGAUCAAGUGGACGGAUGCGGUGAACGAGGCGGAGAAGCAGAACGUUGCGACGUAUGAAGAGGAGUUGGCGAAGGAUAGGGAGAUUGCGAAGAAGAUGCAGGGUAUUGUGGAUGAGGAGACGAGACUGGCGCUCAAGGAGGGACAGGAGGUUGUUAGAGGGGGGAAGAAGAGUCCUAUACGAGCGUUGAAGCGUUGA